AUGGCUCCAUCACCAUCCAUGGAUUCCAAGUCAUGGGAUGUGAUAAGUUUUGCUGUAGAUAAGGGUCACGGGGUUAAGGGUCUAGCUGACUUAGGACUAGAGACUUUGCCUAAGCAAUACAUUCAACCACCUGAAGAAAAAAUCACAAACAGUACCGUAGUUACCGAUGAUUCAAUCCCUGUCAUUGAUUUGUCAAACUGGACUGAUCCAAAAGUUGCUGAACAAAUUUGCCAUGCAGCUGAAAAAUGGGGUUUCUUCCAAAUUGUUAACCAUGGCAUCCCUAUUGAAGUUUUAGAAGGCGUCAAGGAGGCUACCCGUCGAUUCUUUGACUUGCCUGCUGAGCAAAAAAAUAAGCACUCGAAAGAUAAUUCACCAACCAACAAUGUGAGAUAUGGCACCAGCUUCACUCCCAAGGCCGAGAAGGCUUUGGAGUGGAAAGAUUUUCUUAGUCUCUUUUAUGCUUCGGACGAUGAGGCUGCAGCGCAAUGGCCUUCUGCAUGCAGGAAUGAAGCAUUGGAUUUCAUGAAAAAGUCUGAGUUUGUAAUCCGAAGGCUAAUGGAGGCUUUGAUGAAAGGACUAAAUGUUAAGGAGAUUGAUGGAACCAAAGAAUCACUCUUAAUGGGUUCAAAAAGAAUUAACCUAAACUACUAUCCCAAAUGUCCUGAGCCUGAGUUAACUGUUGGCGUAGGCCGUCACUCAGAUGUAUCAACGCUAACAAUCCUUCUUCAGGAUGAUAUUGGAGGGCUCUAUGUGAAAAAAUUGGACAGUGAUUCAUGGGUUCAUGUCCCUCCAAUUAAUGGGGCAAUUGUGAUCAAUGUUGGUGAUGCACUGCAAAUUUUGAGCAAUGGUCGAUACAAGAGCAUUGAGCAUCGUGUGAUUGCGAAUGGGAUCAAGAAUCGGGUUUCUGUUCCAAUAUUUGUGAACCCUAGGCCUAGUGACGCUAUUGGUCCUCUGCCAGAAGUUCUUGAGGGUGGGGAAAAGCCAAUCUACAAGAAAGUUCUGUAUUCGGAUUAUGUCAAGCAUUUCUUCAGAAAAGCUCAUGACGGGAAGGAGACGGUGGACUUUGCCAAGAUUUAA